AUGGUAUACCAUACCUGCGGUGACCCGGCUGGACGUGCCGAUGACCACUUGGCACUGGUAGUGUCCGGCGUCGAUCUCCUGGAUCUUAGAGAUCUGCAGCUACUGCUGGCGUCGUCGUGUCGGAUGGAGUACCUGUUGUCCGGUAUGGACAGGGAUGAGCCCUUGGAGAUGAACAGGUGGUUCACGGGAUUUGCUGAGAAUCCCAGUGCAGUCUCACAGCACAUACACCAUACACAACAUCCCAGCGCUAUCUCACCACUGGAACUACUGGACCACUGGAUUCAAUUGCAUAGAGAAGGCACAGGUAGGGGAAUACAGGCAGAGAUGGAGAGAGAGGCACUCACACACCCUAACGAAGUCGUAGUGAAGCCAGACUUGUAUUACCUGUGCCGACACAACCUGCACACACCCAUUUGGAAAGUUUAUAGAAAUUGA